UUUCCACAUUUUGCUGCUUAAAAAUCACAAACACCUGCUACCGCACUGAUUUAAACGAGUUGUCCUGCAGCUUCCAUUAUUUCACCCUAACAUUCAUGAACCAAAGGCAGCAGCAGAACUGAUGCCCUGCAGGAGAUGACAGCAGCAUUCACUUCCAGACCCCAGAAACACUGACGCACCAAACCCGAUGGCCCAGCUGACUCUGAGCUGCAUGAUGGACUCCAGCACGGAUUCAGACUCUGAGAUCACCCCCAGGUGGUCGGACACCAGCACUCUGGGAUGUGUGAGCAGCGCCCCAGAAAGCAGAACCUCCUGCCAGACAGUGGGGUUAACAUACAAGUCUGCAGGAAGACAUGGCUGCUGUUCGCUGUUUUUGGACCCGUACGAUGGGAGCUCAGAGGAUUCAGAGGAGUCAAAUGGUGCCAGCAGGGAGAAGAGGCAGCGAGGAAGAAGUCGCGUCUCUGGCCAGAGAAGGCGAUUGUUGCUUCACCACUCUGCCUCCCUAACAGUCAAUGAAAUGGUGACAAACGGCAGCAGAGACUCUUUAGCACAUCAUCCGUCUAGAGUUCAUCAAAGUAUAAGCUAUUUAACAAAGGGCAUCCAUGCUAUGGAUGUAGAGGUGCAGCUUGAUGGCUCCGGGUUGGAUGCAGGUUGCAGCCCUGGACUUCUCCCCCCAGAGGAAAGGAGCUCCCGUCAGAUCAGCAGCUGCUCAUCGCUCAGGCCGCUCUGCAAGAGGAAGGAGCCCCCACCUGGAGGACAGGUGGAGGCGGAGCCCAGGAAGAGGCAAUGUGUUAGAAACAUGGAGGAACAAUGAUGGAGGCUUCUGGUCAUGAAUGCUGUUAAGUCUCACUGUAUCCAGAGAUGCAAUAUGUGGGGAUGGGGGUUGUUUUGUUUUUGUUUUUUUACUGAAAUUGUUUAAUUCAACUUGUUUUGAUUUCCCAAGAAUAUUUAGAUUAAGUUUCAUUGUAGUGAUUAGAUUCCUCCUGACUUUUAAAAUUCCCUUAAUUUUAGCCAUAAUUUGGUCAAAUAAGUUGAAAUUUAUUUCAUUCACAGUGAUCAAAUGCGACCAAAUGAUUAACAUUCUCCAGGAAUUGCUAUUAACUUGGACCUUUACGUUGCUGUGAACCAAAGCUUUUACAUUUCAUUGUGUGGAGCAAAAAGGCUAAAUUAAAGAUCGUCACAUUUUAA